UCGACUGGUUGUUCGCCGAGGACAGGGGCCUGGAUUUUUACCGGAUUUCCAGAUUUGUUAAACGGAAAGAUGGGUUGUGCAAUUUCACAGGAUGCUGGUACAAGUACUCAGUCUAAAGGUAAACCAACAGCAUCCGUACAACCACAACAAACCAAACCAGUAUCACAGCCACUGCCAGAAGAAGAGUCGGAUGAUGAGCCUGAACAGGUUGAGUUUAAUGAAGGUUUGUUGAAGAAAUGGAUGGAAUUGGAGAAAGAUAUCCAGUUACUUGAAUCCAAAGGUGUGGGUAGAAGGUAUGGUGUAAAAGCAGAAGAAAUACAUCAACUACAGAUGGAAAUCAAGACAUGCGAUGACAAAUUCAGACAGCUUGAAGCACAAACGAGAAAAGAAUACCAAGAUGUGGUAGACCUUGGUAAGAAUACAUCGGUUAAACAGAUGAUGUCACAAAUGCAGUAUGAUGAGCAGAUGGCAAAAGAAAAACAAGAAUAUAUGGAUGCAUUGAAUAAACAAGAAGUUGCAAACAAAGAGCUCAGUGCUAAGAAAAAACGAUUGGAACAGUUGUUGCUAGAACAGGAAGCUGGUCAGGGUGAUAUUGAUGAUCUUAAAGCAUUAGUUAACGAACAAGAUAAAUUAUUAAAGAGUAUAUUCAAUAAUAAAUAUGGUAGUGAUGCAGAAUAUAAACUAGAAAGUGAGUUAGAUAUGUUAACAGAAAGACAACAGAGGAUAUUGGUUGCUAAAUAUAAAUGGCAUAAUGCUCGUGUACUUCUGCAUCAUGCAACCAAUCAACUGGCAUUCUCUGUGAAAAGAUGGGGAGAUGUCGCUAGGAUACCACCAGGAAAUAUGAAUAAUUUAUAUCAAGCUUCAGCUGAAACUAGAAACAACUUGAUUGCAGCAUCACAAAACAUCACCAGUGCCCAGAGAUACUUAAACACAAUUAAAUUCCCAUACUGUACACCACAAGAAAUGCAGACAUUGAACACCGCUAUUGCUAAUAUAUUCAGUGAUAUGAGAGAUGCAAAUAGACAUCAGCAUGCCAUGGCGUGUUUUGCUACAACACAUCGUAGAGCUGCAGCACUUGUACAAUGGUUUGAUCAGGUUAUUAAUGGUACAAUUAUGACUGAUAUUAAUACAGCUAAUAAAGCUGUAGAUGCAAAGAAGAGGGAAUUAAGAGCGGAAAGAAUCAAACUCAUUAAAGAAAAGAUAAAAAUAAGUCAAGGAACGGAUGUCACAACUGAGUAUAAUGCGCAGAUUGGAUCCUCAGAUUUUCAAGAUGAUCCUGAUGCUGAAUUGGCAAGGUUGGUCGAGGCUGAUGCUGUUUCCAUGGCUGGUGAUCUUUCACAGAGCCUUCCAGAAAGUAAAGAAGAUGGUGCUGCAGCUCCAACUCCCCUUCCAGCUGGUGAAUUAGCGCCACCACCAACCUCAGAUGAUCUUUUUGGUAAUAUUGAAGAGUUGAAGAAACAACAUGAAGAAGAAUUAGUGCAAUUAGAAAAAGCACAAAAAGUAAAUAAAGCGAGGGCUGAUCAAGACUUACAGGAUAAAUUGGCUCGACGUAGAAAUCGGCGCCGCAAGAUUCAACAACAAGAGUCAGAGGCAAAUGCCCUUAUGAGUCAGUAAACUACUAUGAAUUUACAGUGAAGGCAAUAUAUAUUUAUAUUGACUUGUUAUGAGGGCAACAGUAUAUGUUUAUUGAUGCGCCAUAUGACCAACCAUGUUGGGACUAUGAGUGUGUGUCUAUGGCCAUAAAGAACUAUGAAUAUGGGAGUUCGUAAUUAGGGGGGGGGGUCGUAAUAUGGGGGUCCUAAAAUUGGGGGCCUAAUACAAUGUAGUUUCCAAAGCUUGUAGGAUGAUUAAAAGAGAAAUGAAAACACACAUACUGUUGCCUGAAUAUUAAAGUCAGAAGGUGUGUCAACACAAUGCAUGUGAUUUCUGCUUCAGAGUGAUUCUGUUCUCCUAUAUUCUGUUAUACUAAAAUGUUGUACAAAAUGAUAAUUGACUCAAAAAGACUGACAGGUAAAUUGCUUUUUUUGGUAGAGAAUUUACAUAUAUAUAAACACAUAUAUAAAUACAUAUAAACAAAGCCAUAGUGAGUUCACUGACAAAAUGAAACUACUGUCAUAUGUCCUUCUUUUGUAAUUUAACACCAGGGUAAUUCACAUGUAAAUUGACCUCUAUCAUAAAGGCCACCUGUCUAAUGUGACCAUGUGAUCCCCCUUUUGGCACCAGUAUGGUCGAAUAAACACAUGUAUAAAGGCGAAAAUGAUGGAAGAUAAGUUCAUGUUUCAGUCUUUAAACUGACAUUUUCAAGGGCAUUUUUUGACAUAUUUUUUUUUAUUAAUUUCCUUCUUUAAAAAAAUCUGUUGAAAAAUCAUCCUUUAAACUGAGAAAUUAUCACCAUUUUGUCCUACAUGAUUGAGUAACCAAUCUCCAUUAUGAAGGGCAUCUGAAUUUGUGAAAGUACAUUGAGUGGCUAUCUUAGAUGGUCACUACUAUUGGUGGCUAUCUUAGAUGGUCACUACUAUUGGUGGCUAUCUUAGAUGGUCACUACUAUUGGUGGCUAUCUUAGAUGGUCACUACUAUUGGUGGCUAUCUUAGAUGGUCACUACUAUUGGUGGCUAUCUUAGAUGGUCGCUACUAUUGGUGGCUAUCUUAGAUCAUCACUAAUACAGGUGUGUAAUAUUGGGUAUUCCUGCUAAGUAGUUUCAAACAUGAUGGGUUUUCGACCAUUGACAAGAAAGUCACAAAGAUGCCAAAAAAUACCCUGAUUAACACCUGCUAGCAGUGGUUGGAAUGGUGUUAGAUAAAAAUAUUUUAUGUCUUAUCAGCUUCAUUUACAGUUUCUUGAUUUAUUUAUUUCAACCUAACAGUGGAAUAAUUUAACUCACUGAAGCCAUUGGAUUAACAAAACAGAAAAACAAUAUGAGAUCUCAGGAUAGCACUGAUUUGAUAUUAAUGAAACCUUUAAUGC